GCAAUUGUGUCCUCACGACGCUUAUACCGGCCAAGAGCCAAACCUUCUUUUCCCUCGCAAUCCUUGCUUCAGCGGCCGCAUCGACCACGUCUUUGCGGCCGCGUUGGGGAAUUGUAGCCUCCUCCAGAUCUUGUGCCCGUUUCUAGGAUGGAGGGCGACUGGGGAGGAGGAGGGGGUGGCUACCGCGGUCGCGGUGGUGGCUACCGUGGAGGCAACCGCGGUGGCUUCAGCGGCGGUGGCGGUGGACGCUACUAUGAUAAUAAUUACUCCGGAGGCCGGGGCGGUGGCCGCGGGGGCGGCUACUAUGACGGAGGCGGAGGCGGGAACUAUUACGAUGGCGGUGCUGGGCCCGGCCGGGGCGGUGGCCGCAGUGGCGGGAGAGGCGGCUACAACGACUAUCAGGGCGGAGGAGGUGGCUACCAGGGCAGUGGUGGCGGGUAUCAGGGCGAUUACCAGGGCGGCGGAGGAGGAGGAGGAGGCUACCAAAGCGGUGGCGGGUACCGCGGAGGUGGCGGGGGCGGGCGGUUCAACGAUGGAGGAUCCCGGCGAGGCUUCCGCGGAGGCCGGACGUGGCACAAUCCUGCCACCAAGCGGACGCAGCAGUACAACGCCAAUCCGCCGCCCAACAUGACGCUGCUGAAGACCAUCCCCGCACACAACCAGGCCAUCACGUGCAUGGCCUACGACCAGGCCACCAACCAGCUAUUCACUGGCUCCAAGGAUGGCAAGGUCAAGCAGUGGGACUGCAACACUGGCCAGACGACGCACGAGGAGACGCUGGGUGGGCCGGUGGAUGCGCUGCUGUACAUCCAAGGCUUCCUGUUCGUGGCGUACGUCAAGGGCACGGUGCCCAACGUAGAUGGCAUCAUCAACUUCUACAACACCGCGGCCGGCAAGACGCAGAUGAUUCCUGGGCACCGGGGCCACAUCAACCAGCUCCUGGCCGCCAACAACUUCCUGUUUAGCUGCGGCCAGGACUACAGCAUCCGCGUGUGGGGGCUGGAGGGCGAGGCGUUCGUGCUCAAGCACAUCCUGGACAAGGACGCGGGCGGCCACACGCACGCCGUGCAGUGCAUCGAGAUGAUCAACGGCUUCUUAAUAUCGGGCGACUCCACCGGCUGCCUCAAGAUCUGGGACAGCAGCUCGGGGCAGUGCACGCAGACGCUGCAGACGGCGCACAAGAGCAUCAUCUCCAGCAUCCUGCAGUACGGGGCCAACAUCUUGACUGGAUCAGCGGACGGCAGCUUGAAGGUGUGGGAGCUCAUGACGCCGCCCAUGCCGGGCGCGGUUGUCAAGCCGGAGCCCAUCGACCGCUACUUCGACGACGCAGCUACCAGCAGCGGCGGCGGCUACAGCGGCCGGGGCGGCCGCGGCGGCCGGGGCCAGGGCGGCGCCGCCGCGAAUGCCAUCCUGGUGAUGGACGGCACGCCCGACAACCGCGGCGAGAGCAUGCUGGCCAUCUCCACGCUGUACGACGGCGUCACGCUGUACAACGUGGACCAGAACAUGACGCUGCUGGGAACGCUGCCGCUGGAGGUCUGCCGCGCGCUCACCAGCAUCCCCGGGGCGGCGCUCAUUGCCGGCGACGAUCGCGGCCAGGUGCACAUCUACUCGUGGACGUAAGCAAAGAUGGCGGCUGCUUGGGUGACUGGGCGAGGAGAUUAGGAGCUGUAGGAGCAGCAGGCGGUGGCGAGCUGUAGCCGGGUUGCGCUGCGGAGUCGGGCUGGCAGGCUGGAUGGACGGAGACUAAGCCUGGAUGCGGCCUUGACUGUUGGGGUGGAUGGACGGCUGGACAAAUGUAUUGUGGCGUUUGGCACAUGGGCAUCGCAAGGGCUUGCAGUGGGCAAGGUGCGGUGUGGUUGUGUAAGCCUUGCGUGUAGCCCGUCCUCUAGGCUCAUAUGUAGUGCUGCUGAUGCGCGAACGAAAGAACACAAGGCUGCUGCAAUGCAUUGCGCGACUUGUGUAAUGCGGUGCAUUGUCGCCUCACCGCUUUUGGGGCGUUGGAUACCAGGUCUCUGUGUGCAUGGAGCGGACAAACCCCACCCCAAAACUGGGCCAACAAUGUCUUGCCUCAGACAUUAGUCCCUGGGAGGGAUGUCUAGGAAACGGCCAAAAUGGCCAAUUAAUGUCUGGAGACAUAAAGAUAGGAGCCCUGUAAUGCGGUGCCUGUCACCUCACCGCUUUUUGGGCGUUGGAUACCAGGUCUCUAUGUGCAUGGAGCGGACAAAUACCACCCCCACGCCAAACAAGGAGGUGAUCCCAAAAAAAGCUGAUUCACUAUGCUAUUCUGCCAAUUGUGGCCAUGAAAGGAUUUAGGCGUGCAUGGGCUCCUCUGAGCUCGGUAAUCUAC